CAUGCCUGCGGGAUUGAGUUUGCGGGGGAGCAGAAGCAAAAAGCAACAACAAAUCAUCUGUCCGCGGGGUACUUACUUUGUCCAGCACAGUUCUGUUCCCUUAUAAACUUCACGCGCUACAUCCAUGGAUGUGUUUUAUUGAGCGCGACCGCUAUCAGCACAACCAUACAAGCUCAACCUCCACCACCUCCAUCAUAUAAACAACACACCAUCAUCACCACAACAAAGCACAAGCACAACAUGGCACCGCCGCACCACCACGUCCUCCUGAUCGGCGGCUCCGGCAAGAUCGCCAAGCUCCUCACCCCGCUGCUGCUCCAGCGCUCCUGGACCGUGACCAGCAUGAUCCGCAACCCGGACCAGGUCGGCGAUCUGCAGAGGCUGGGUUCCGGUGGUGCGGGUGGCGGCAAUGGAAAGCUCAACGUGCUGGUGCGCAGCGUCGAGGACGUUAAGAGCGUCGGCGAUGCCAGGAGCAUCCUCGACGAGGUCGGCGCCGACUACGUCGUGUGGAGCGCGGGCGCGGGCGGCAAGGGCCCGCCGGAGAGGACAUUCACAGUCGACCGCGACGCCGCAUCGCAUUUCAUCCGCGCGGCCGCCGCCUCGCCGGCCGUGACGCGCUUCCUCAUGGUGUCCUUCAUCACCUCGCGCCUCGCCAAGCCCGCGUGGUGGUCAGCCGAGACCUUUGACCGCGCCAUGGCUGAUGUCAAGAAGGCCCUGCCGCGGUACUACGAGGCCAAGGUCGCCGCGGACGAGGUGCUCUACCGCGAGUCCGCUGCCAGCCGCGGGGAUGGAUUCGCGGGGAUAUGCCUGCGCCCUGGCACGCUGACGGAUGAGCCCGCGGGCGAGGUCCGGCUGGGCAAGUUGCCGGUCGCGAGCGGGAAUGUGAGCCGGGAGAGCGUCGCGCGGGUCGCGGCGGAGCUGCUGGCAAAGGACGGGGUCAAGAGCUGCUGGCUGGAUCUGCUGGAUGGCGAGGAUGGCGCUGGGGAGGACAUUAGUGCCGCGGUGGAUAGGUGUGUCAGGGACGGGGUGGAUUGUGCGGAGGGCGAGCCUUUUGCCGAGGUCUGAUGUGGCUCGGUGCUGACCGAGAGCUGGGUGAAAAGUAUAUGCGCUUGGAUAAGUUUUCUGGAUGACAAAGUUCAAAGUGGAAAUCUGCCGAUGGUAUUCAUGUUAAUGCUACCCGUAUCUAUUAUGGACUGAAUGUAUCGUACUGGCGUGGCUGCACAAGAUGUUGGCAGCUCUCGCCAACACUUUCAUAAUAUGGAAACUGAAACAAAACAAUCAUUCAAGGUCAAUUCUGUCAUAAAGAUUUGGCCGGAUCGAGACCGCGAGAUAAUACGUAUAUUAGUUGCCCCUUUCGUCAUUCUAGCCUAAUCCACUGCCUC